AUUCAACGUGAGGUGUACUACUGUUGAACGAUCGAAGCGAAAUCGCGUGUCGUAGUGGAAUGACAUGGAAAUGUCAUCAAAAGUAUGGGAAAUACUAUGAACCUUUGAAUUUGAAAGGCAGACAAAAACAGAAGACAAUAAUUAAAUAAAAUAUAUCGUAUUUAUCGCCGUACAAGAUUGAACAAAAUGGGCAAGGUUUGUUCUUGUUUUUCACGAUUUAGAGCAAUUUUUACACCCGAAACUGUUACGGACAGUCCCCUUAAGCCAUUAUGCACAAAACCGGAAUGUCUUCCACGGCCACCUGCUGCAUCUAGUUCUGGGGAAGAUUUUGGUGUUCCAGUGUUGACGAUCGCAGACGUGGAUCCGUGUAUCGCGGAGAAUGGAGUCAAUCACAGAACAUCCAGAUACGACUUGAUGACUAGACAGGACGACAAAUCUAGGCUGGUCGUUAGACGGGGGCAAGAAUUUUACUUACACUUGACUUUGUCCAGAGAUUACGAGCCAAGUAUCGAUGGUAUGUCGAUAAUUUUCACGGUUGACGGAGUCGAGAGGCCGCUAUACGGGCACGGAACCCUCGUUGCGACGGCUGUUCUUUAUCCGGGAGAACCGUCCGAGGGUCCCUGGCAUGCCACCAUUGACGCUAUUCAACACAAUUUUAUUCGAUUGAAGAUCGUUGCAGCUCCCGACGCGAUAAUAGGCAAGUGGAGGAUAGACAUCGACACCAAGAACAAGAAUUUAGACGGAGCCGUUAGUUACACGGUGAAACAACCGUUUUAUCUAAUUUUCAAUCCCUGGUGCAGAGAGGACGCGGUGUACAUGGAGGAGGAAGAUCAGCGACAGGAGUACGUGAUGGCGGAGGAUGGUUUGAUAUGGCGUGGAAGCUACAAUCGUCUGAGACCAACGGUUUGGAAAUAUUCGCAGUUCGAGCGGGACAUAUUAGAUUGCGCGCUGCAUCUGAUGAUUCAAGUUGGGAAAGUUCGAAUACACGGCAGAAACGAUCCUGUCGUUAUAUCUCGCAUUCUGUCGGCAGCUGUAAAUUCGCCGGACGACAAUGGCGCGGUAAUGGGUAACUGGUCCGACGAUUUUGGAGGUGGUACACCACCGACCAAAUGGUUGGGUUCGCAAAAGAUCCUGCAACAAUACUAUAAGACGAAGAAACCGGUCAAGUAUGGUCAAUGCUGGGUAUUCUCGGGUGUGUUGGCCACCGUUUGCCGUACCCUGGGACUACCUUGUCGCGUGGUAACCAAUUAUGCGAGCGCGCACGACACUCAGAGCAGCUUGACCGUCGACUAUUUCGUCGACGCCGAGGGGAAAGUUAUGGAGGAGAUGAACAGCGAUUCGAUAUGGAAUUUCCACGUGUGGAACGAGGUAUGGAUGACUCGAUUGGACUUGUCGCCGGAAUAUUCUGGUUGGCAAGCGAUCGAUGCGACUCCUCAAGAAUUGAGCGAGGACGCGUACCGUUGCGGACCGGCUUCCGUCGCCGCUGUGAAGAAAGGCGAGGUUCUCCGACCUUAUGACAAUGCCUUCCUCUUCGCCGAGGUCAACGCGGAUAAAGUGUUUUGGCGUUACAACGGACCGACUCAACCUUUAAAGUUGAUUCGAAAGGACGUGUACGGCAUCGGGCAAUUUAUUAGCACGAAAGCGAUCGGUAGAUGGGCGAGGGAAGAUAUCACUCAUACCUACAAGUAUCCAGAAAAGUCGGAAGAAGAACGGGCUGCCAUGUUGAAGGCGUUGCGUCAAAGUCAGUCGUUGUUUAGUCGUUAUUACCUGAACGAGGAGUUCAACGACGUCAUGUUUAACUUCGAGUUACGCGACGAUAUCGUGAUCGGACAACCUUUCAGUGUCGUGUUGCUGAUUAAAAAUAGAAGCAAUUACAACGAGUAUGAGGUCUCGGUGAUUUUAAGAGUGGAGACGGUUCUGUACACCGGACGGGUCGGCGACCCAGUGAAGAGAUUAAAUAUCGAUCGACUGGUGAGACCUGGAGUCCUCGAGGAAGUGCGUAUGGAUGUAUCCUGGGAGGAAUACGGGCCUCGACUAUUGAAUCAGUGCGCAUUCAAUAUUUCCUGCCUGGCCACCAUCAAGGACACCAAUUUCGAGUACUUCGCGCAAGACGACUUUCGCGUGAGGAAACCCGACAUUAAAAUCACGUUGGAGAACGAGCCGGAAGUUGGCAAGACGCUAAACGCGACAGCGAAAUUUCAAAAUCCGCUGCCCAUCCCACUGAAGAAGUGUAGAUUCUUGAUCGAGGGACCUGGAAUGGACGAGCAGCUGAAAGUGAAACUGUCGGACCAGGUAGAGGUGGACGCGUACGCGGAAUGUUCGUUCUCUAUGGUACCGAAAUUCGAAGGCCGUGCCACGAUCGCUGCGAAAUUUUACUCGAAAGAGCUCGAGGACGUUGACGGUUUCGUCAAUUUUAUGGUAAAAUCGAUGAAAUCUGUUACAAACGGCGAGUAACGAGCCGACGAAGCGAAAUCGACGGCGUAAGUAGUCUGUAUUCACGAGUCUUCCAGCGAGUUUCGUCUUUUUAACAAGUGUUCGUAAUGUUUUGUACGAAAUAAAAGUUUGAAGGUCGCUUGCCUCGCAUAUCCGCCGUAUGCGGAGGUGGCGCAAGUCGAA